CAGAUCACUCGCGUUCAACCUUUCCGAUCGCUCGAGCGGAGGUCAUCGUCCAUGGCGGAGAAGCAUUUCAAGUACGUCAUCCUCGGCGGCGGCGUUGCGGCGGGAUACGCUGCUAGAGAAUUUGCAAAGCAUGGCCUCAAUCCAGGAGAAUUAGCAAUCAUCUCAAAAGAGGCGGUGGCUCCUUAUGAACGCCCAACGCUUAGCAAGGCAUAUCUCUUCCCUCAGGGUGCUGCAAGGCUCCCAGGCUUUCAUGUUUGUGUUGGAAGUGGAGGAGAAAGACUGCUUCCGGAAUGGUACUCAGAAAAGGGGAUAGAACUGAUCCUCAGCACUGAAAUUGUAAAAGCUGAUCUUGCUUCCAAGACUUUGACCAGUGCAGCUGGUGCAAUCUUCACAUAUGACAUUUUGAUUAUAGCCACUGGUUCCACUGUCAUAAAUCUCUCCGAUUUUGGUACGCCUGGAGCAGAUGCUAACAAUAUAUUCUACUUGAGGGAAAUUGAUGAUGCUGACAAGCUUGUGGCAGCCAUCCAAGCAAAGAAGAAUGGGAAGGCUGUCAUUGUUGGUGGUGGAUACAUUGGGCUUGAACUUAGUGCUGUGAUGAAGAUAAACAACUUCGAUGUCACUAUGGUGUAUCCUGAACCCUGGUGCAUGCCAAGGCUAUUCACUCCAGAAAUCGCUGCUUUCUAUGAAAGUUAUUAUGCAAACAAGGGAGUCAAGAUAGACAAAGGCACACUAGUUGUUGGAUUUGAUUCUAACACCAAUAUAUUCUUUUGCAUAAUCCACCCUUUCACAAUCAGGCAAUUAUUGUUGAAGGAUGGAAGAGUGCUCGAUGCUGAUAUUGUAAUAGUUGGUGUUGGUGGACGACCUCUGACAAAACUGUUCAAAGGCCAAGCUGAAGAAGAGAAGGGUGGAAUUAAGACUGAUGCUUUCUUUCAAACAAGUGUUGGUGGAGUGUACGCUGUGGGUGACGUAGCUACCUUCCCUUUAAAGCUAUACAACGAAACACGAAGAGUGGAGCAUGUGGAUCAUGCCAGGAAAUCAGCAGAGCAGGCUGUGAAGGCAAUCAAGGCAAUCGAGGGAGGUAAAGUAACUGAUGACUAUGAUUACCUCCCCUACUUCUACUCCCGCUCAUUCGAUCUCUCAUGGCAAUUCUAUGGAGACAAUGUGGGAGAAACUGUCAUAUUUGGCGACAAUGACCCUGCAUCAUCAAAGCCAAAAUUUGGGUCUUACUGGAUUAAGGAGGGGAAGUUACUGGGGGCUUUCCUGGAGGGUGGAUCUCCAGAGGAGAACACGGCCAUUGCCAAGUUGGCAAGGCUGCAACCUGCAGUUCCAGACCUUGAACAGCUGACAAAGGAAGGUCUCACAUUUGCUUCUAAGAUUUGAGGGCAAGAAGAUAGUUACUUGUUCUCAUGGCACAUUUUGCCAUUACUGUUGCCUUUGUCAUAAUGCACACCCCUUUAAUCAGGUAAUUUGCUUACCUAUUUGAAUUUUUUUGCAUGAAAAAUGUGUUGGAUGCAUUGAAUCAUGUGUCUAAAUGACGAAUAUUAGAUAUACAACACCAAGGCUGUCAAGCAAGAGGUGCAUCUCUUUGCAUUAUAAUGAAUGCGGUAGUUUUCUUUGUA